AUGGAUCCGGCAGAAGAUAUGGAGCACGCCCUUCACCGCUGGCUAAGCGGACAAGUCGCCGAUCAUCAGGUUGUGCAAGUACUAGGACCCCAAAUACUACAAAGAUGGCAAGCACUCUUGGUGAGUAUCGUGGAGGAGGAUGACACCCCCAUCAUCACGGACACGUCGUCGAUGCCAGCCAGACCAUGGACGACCAACUUGCACCCAUCCAAGUACAUGGAGAUGCUCAGCACCACUGACGAGGGCAUCAGCAACACCGUCAACAGAUUUCGACAGCAAACCAUGAAGGCCAAGAUACUGCACCAAUCCAGAUUGCGAGCGGUGCAGACCGACUACCCCGAGAUAAUCGGCCAAGGACGACUACAAGACAUGGAAAUCAAACCCGGUCGAGUUCUUGCCUCCGCGGAAAACCACGGUUCCAUGCCCCAUACCCUUCCCCCUCCAACCUCCUCACAAGACCAUGCGAACCAAUUCCAGAGAUGGUAUCCGAAUCGACAAACACCACCCCAGGACCACGCCACCGGCAUGUCCAUGGAUUAUGCGGACACGGACCAACCUGUCAGAGACCUACAAACCUGGCACACUGGAGCCUUCCCACACAUUCCCGUACCUCCCGACCGCACAGUACCUCCUCCCGAAGAACGGCGUCACAGAGAAGACAGAUCCAGGUCGCCACUUCGAAACCCUGGUGUCCACACGAUGGGCAUGCACGUCAGCAGCUUGCAACAACUGCUCGACAGCCUUGAACCAGCUGUGGACGCGCAAUCCGUCACACAACAUCACGACCAAGGCCGGCUACGCCCAGUUCUACCAGUGGAUCAGAUAGAGAAAGUGCAGCCGCAGUGGUGGAGACGACCGAUUCGACCGGAACUUGUUCACAUGCUACCUCCGGUUGAACCACACCAUUGGGAACUCCAAGAGGACGGCACACCCGUCAUUCGAUUCUUCCCCAACCGCAUGACCUUCCUCCCGAAGCAGCUGGUGCACAAGUUCCCCUCACUCCAACAAGAACUUCAAAACAGCAUCCUCAUGACCUGGGACCAAUACAAGGACGACGCAUCCACCCACGUCCAGAUGGCACGCUACGCCGACUCCGUCGACAUUCCCCAACCCAAGCCCCGACACCUACGACUACGUGCCCUUCUACACGAAAUUCUAUCAGGAACCGCUGCAGUUCACAUCCUACAGUUCACAGCCAUACAGUUUAGGAUGCUCGUACGCAAAGGCACUUGCCCAGAUUUGGCCACAAUGCCCAACAUCUAUCAGCUCUGGCACUGGGGCUACAUCAAAUUCCGAAGUGUGAACCCGGAACUCUGGAUGUUCACACACAACUUCGCAGAUCCCAGAACUAUGGGCAGGCUGGAGCAGACCUGCACUCACUUCCACAGAGUCUGGUCAGCACACGUCCUACCCAGCACGGCAGGAUUGGUACCCCUGCUUCCGCCCAUACAAGACCUCUGCGUGGUGCUCCAUAGUACUACGCCACCCUUCCACCAGCCGAUGCUUGCGAAGUACAACACCAUCUCGGGCAUCAUGACCAUGCAGGCGGUCAGCAACAUAGUCUUCCGCAAGGCUCACCAUGACCUACAGCUCCACAGAACAUGGCCCAGCAUCGAUUCCCACACAGAAUGCCUUCAGGGAACCAACACGUUCCAGAUUCCGGACCACUGGUCAACCAACAUAUGGACCGACACGCUUCAGAAGCUCACCCACACGACCAGAUGGACGCCACCCUCCACUUCCGACAUCCGCACCAAACUCACCAUCGACCACCUCCACAGCGACACACUGCCCACCAUGGUAUGGACACCGAGAUUCGCCUUACCCCUCACCUCCCAACAGAUCCACGCAGUUCAAGUCUCCACCCAAGCAGCACAUGUACUACAUCGACUUUGGGACCCACUCAUCUUCACCUUUGCGGACCCUUGCCACACCAUCGACGGUUUCGACGCCAAGCGGACAAGCCGGCCUGAUUUGAUUGGCAAAUUUCACCGACUGAGUCCAGGAGGACAAACGCCAAUGUUAGCAAUCCCGGCCAGCAGCGUGAUGGAGACACAGUUGGACUGGGCCUGGUUCCAAACCACUACGGCAUCCAGUUCCUCGUUCAGAUGGCUGUCUCUACCCCUUGCAGUCAUCGGACACCCCAGGACGCACUCGGUCUUUUGGACACACCCGAAGAUAUCAGGCCAAAUCCAACGUCACCAAGCUCUACAUGUACAUCAAACCACGUGGCUGGCGGUAUCGGGAACACCUACAGCCUUCCAAGAGGAUCCAGACAUCAAGCAGAAUCAAGCGCAGGCCACGCCAACCCAGGAGGAAUGGACGGACUUCAUCAACCAACGACAAGCUCUACUAGAACUUCAACGACGCACCACCGUUGACCAAGAAGCAGGCCAACAUCAAUGGAAGUAUGUGAAGUGA